AUGUGCCACUUCAACUAUCCCAUGGAGUGUUGGGAGAAUGCUGGUGUCAGACUGGAUAGAAAAAGACGUGUUAGAUUCAAGCCCCAUCACAACGAUAGGCUGAUGAACACUUACAAUGCCCCAAUGAUUAUUGCAUGGCAUGCAACUAUUGAUGUUAAACCUGUCAUGAGCAAAGAUGCUGCUAUAACGUACAUUGCAAAGUAUGCUUCCAAUGCUAAAUCACAAGCUCCUGCAUUUCCAGAGCUGCUCUUGGGUGCACAAGUACAAUUGAUGCUGGAGGAACUGCACAAUCAGCAUGUAUACAAGGCAUGCUCUGGCAUUGGAAAAUUUGUCCCUACAAGAGAGGACCCACAGUAUGACAAGUAUUGCCAUAUUGAUACUCUGAGAAGCUGGGAGGAAGAAAGUCAUGGAAAUGAUGAAGAAGAAGAAGAGGAUGAGGCUGUAAACCUGGAUAUCUCUGCAAUGGAAGAAGCCGACUGGCAGGUGUGGGAUGAGCAACGGCUCAUUUACAACAAAUACGUUAAAGUGUACACCAAGAUAAUGGCAGGGGAAGACGCCUCCCAGAUCUUGAUCAAUGUUGAUGGCAUGGCUGGAUGUGGAAAAACAUAUCUGAUCAGAGCUACGGACUCACAUCAAUGGCAGAUCUUCCCCCAGGCUGCUGAUCAACCUUUGGAGGGGAAUCUCGAUCAACAGACCAAAGACUCUUUCAAGGAUGCUGUCUGCCUGUACACAACUCACGAAGAUGUGCAUGAUCUCAACCUCCACCAGCUCGAAGCCCUCAAUCAACUAUGUGCUCAAUUCCUUGCUAAACAUGAUGGUGGUUCAGAGGCUGCCAAAGUCAGUGCAGAUCAAGCCACAGGUUUAGAGACUCACCUUGUUUUGGCACGGCAUGCGAAGGUCAUGAUAACACACAACAUAUGGCAAGUUCAAGGUCUCGUGACUGGUGGCUACCACUUUUAUCAUAAAACUAAGGCAAUUGCCUGCAGAGCUGUGUGUGCUUUCAUUGCACUUUUCAUGAUUAAACCUGUGCACUUUCAAUAA